GGGGAGGCGUCAGUUCACGUCGGCCUCACUUGCAGCGUCUUCUCCUGCCAACUGCCCUGACAGUAGCUCCGGGCUGAGAUGGAGACGUGAGCCUGCAUGGACGAUGACUGCAGUGUUUGUGAAUGGAGGCGGCCUGGUGAACACGCACAGUGACAGGUGGGACUGGAGGGAGAGCGCGGAAAGCAACUGUCAGACGGAGUGCGGCAAGGAGGGUGCGGGGGAUCAGCCACGCCAGCUGACACCCUUUGAGAAACUGACUCAGGACAUGUGCCAAGAUGAGACGGUGGUGAGGGAGAUCACACUGGGGAAACGCAUAGGCUUCUACCGGAUUCGCGGGGAGAUCGGAAGCGGAAACUUUUCCCAGGUCAAGCUCGGGGUUCACUCCCUAACCAAAGAAAAGGUGGCCAUUAAGAUUCUAGACAAGACCAAGUUAGACCAGAAAACCCAAAGGCUGCUAUCCAGAGAAAUUUCCAGCAUGGAAAAGUUGCACCAUCCCAACAUUGUCCGUCUUUAUGAAGUCGUGGAGACCCUGUCCAAGCUCCAUCUGGUGAUGGAGUACGCAGGAGGUGGGGAGCUCUUUGGGAAAAUCAGCACUGAGGGGAAGCUUUCCGAAUCGGAGAGCAAGCUCAUCUUCUCCCAGAUCGUGUCUGCCGUAAAGCACAUGCAUGAAAACCAAAUUAUUCACAGAGAUCUGAAAGCGGAGAAUGUCUUUUAUACCAGUAGCACGUGUGUGAAGGUGGGAGAUUUCGGAUUCAGCACUGUAAGCAAAAAAGGUGAAAUGCUGAACACGUUCUGCGGCUCUCCGCCCUAUGCCGCACCUGAACUUUUCCGAGAUGAACACUAUGUUGGUGUUUAUGUGGAUAUCUGGGCCUUGGGGGUCCUUUUGUACUUCAUGGUGACUGGUAUGAUGCCAUUUCGAGCAGAAACUGUGGCCAAACUUAAGAAGAGCAUCCUUGAGGGGACCUACAGCAUACCCCAGCAUGUGUCAGAGCCCUGCCACCGGCUCAUCCGAGGAGUCCUUCAGCCCAUACCUACGGAGAGGUCUGGGAUCAACUACAUCAUGAACAGUGAGUGGAUGAGAGGGGUGCCACACCCCACCCCUCUGGAACCUUUUCAACUGGAUCCUAAACAUCUGUCGGAAACCAGCACCCUCAAGGAAGAGGAAAACGAGGUGAAAAGCACUUUAGAACACUUGGGGAUUACGGACGAGCAUAUCAGAAAUAACCAAGGGAGAGACGCCCGAAGCUCUAUCACGGGGGUCUACAGAAUCAUUUUACACCGAGUGCAAAGGAAAAAGGCGUUGGAAAGUGUCCCAAUAAUGAAACUACCAGAACCUAAGGAAAGGGACCUGAAGAAAGGCUCCCGUGUCUAUAGAGGCAUAAGGCACACGUCUAAGUUGUGUUCAAUUUUAUAAAUUGCACCAGGCAGCUUUGGCAACUAACCACCAACAGUUUCUGCUUUUAACUUUUCUCAUGCACACAUUUUUUUUGUAAACUUUUAAACCUAAAUAAAAUUUAA